AUGAUUUUUUUAAAAUAUAAUCAUAUAUUUAUUUUUCUUUUUUUGCUAUUAAAAUUUCAAAAAAUAUGUUGUACACAUUUUACGAUAAUGUCACAUGAAAAAGACUGUUUUCAUUUUAAAGCUGAAACAAAAAAUAUUAUUGUUGGAUCAUAUGAAAUAAUUGACACAAACGCAUCUUGUAUUAUAACUAUUUUGAAUAAUCAAAAUAAAAAAAAUGAGUAUUUAUUUAAAUCAACAAACAACCAAGAUAAAUUUGAGUUUCAGGCUACAACAUCUGGUAUGCAUUCUUUUUGUUAUGAGAAUAAAAGUAACGUUGAUUUAACAAUUAUAUUUAAUCUAAGAGUAAAAGAAGUCCAUGGAGUAAAUGAAUCUGAAUUAAGCACAGUUGAUGAUGUGCAAAAUAUAAAUGAUGAAGCAUAUGAUUUAUAUGAAAAGUUUUUAGAAGUAUAUGAUGAACAAGAAAGAAUGAUGGAAAAAGCUCAUUUAUAUAAACAAUUUAACGAAAAAAUUAAUUCAAAAUUAAUUCUUUGGUCAGAAAUACAAAUUGUUUUACUAAUUAUACUAACACUAAUCCAUAUAUAUUAUAUAAAAUCCUUCUUUGAAAUAAAAACUAUUGUUUGA